UCUACUAGUCUGGUCUUAAGGCCAGCCUCGGGUACCCGGGAGGGACUGUCUAGCUGGACGCGGGACGCUGGGGCUUCUCUGCACUUGAUCGCUACGGGUCUCCGGGUUGCAACCCUGUGGCAGCGUCCAGAGGGCGGAUGCCACGUCCUAGUGCUGACUAAUGGCGUGUCCCAGGUGAUUUCUACGUUUCUGGAACCUCCAAGUUCUCGGCAUCCCACAAGACUAUAGAACCCAGUGGGCAGAGGAACAGCUCUCGUAAUACAUCAGGCGGGUCCAGAAAGCUCGACCCAGCUUCCGAGUAACGAGUCAGUGGACCUGGGGGAGAAAGCAAGUGAAAGUCCUGAGAUCUUUUGAAUUUGUAAAAUGAACGCGGCACGAUGUAGAUCUAAAUAUUCUGAGAUCGCGUAUUUCUGAAUUGGGUGUAAGUUUCGGUAACAGUUUUGGUAAGUAUUGUCUCCGAAAAAUACUCAGAAGCUCUGAUUUGGAAGAAUGAAACUGAAGAAGUAAUAGUACUUAAUACAUAUACAUCUCUUAUCUUCCAGUUCAUCACAGCAGUUACAAAGAGAGUUUUCAAAAAAACUGUAAUGGCACAAACUAAGAAAAUGGCCAAAGAUGGUACUUUUAUGAAAUGAAAGCUAAAGAUCCAUUUAUGUGUAUAAUAAAGGAAGAUUUUUAGUUUUUUAAUGCAGAAAAAUACAAGAACAUUAAAAAUGUUUUCAUAUUCGUCUGUAUUUUUAUUUUUGUUUUUGUAUUAAAGCUUAGAGAUAAAGGCUCUGAAGUUUUCUCUUGAUAAAAGGAUGAUGUCCUAUGGACCAGAAGGUAUCUUGAUAUUUUGUUGGGACUUAUUGCCUACUUGGCAACCCACUCCUGUAUUCUUGCCUGGAGAAUUCCAUGGACAGAGGAGCCUGGCGGGUGAGGGUCCAUGGGGUAGGAAAGAGUCUGACGUGACUGAGCGAUUGACACGAACACUACCUACUUAGCCGAAGGAUAUGUGAAAACGGACAUAUUCGCUUUGGUACUGAUUCCAUGUCUUCGGCAUUAAGGGUUGAUUAGGGCGUUGUUUUAAAUUUUCAAGAAAAAAAUGGGAACUCUUCUGAGGAUGGUAAGAAUCACAGGAAAUACAUGAAGUAACUUUGCAAAUACAAGGUGCUUCUUCUGGAUAUCCUCGGUUUAGGGAAAUCAGUGAUUUGUUACUGGAGAAGAAGGUUCUGCGCAAACGGGAGAGCCAGUGCUAAGAUCCUAAGUUCAGCAGACAGCAAAAGCAGUAGCGUGCAGAAGUAGCACCCGUGUCUCAGAGCAAGGAGGAACUUACGGAAGCAACAGGAAAGGACAAAGAUCGGUGAACUUUCUUCACCUGCCGGGCACAAUGUCUCGUCCUGCACACCGAAGACCAGAAUACCAUAAAAUAAAUAAAGAUCUCUUUGUCCUCACCUAUGGAGCUCUGGUUGCCCAACUCUGUAAGGAUUAUGAAAAAGAUGAAGAUGUGAAUAAAUAUUUAGAUACAAUGGGAUACGGUAUUGGAACACGGCUGGUAGAGGACUUUUUGGCUCGAUCAUGUGUGAGAAGAUGUCACAGUUAUUCAGAAAUUGCAGACAUAAUUGCCCAGGUUGCUUUCAAGAUGUACUUAGGAAUUACACCAAGUGUGACCUGUAACAACGCAAGCAGAAAUGAAUUUUCCCUGAUUCUGGACAAGAAUCCUCUGGUGGAGUUUGUGGAAGAGCUCCCCACUGGGCGGUCUUCUCUGUGCUACUGCAACUUACUCUGUGGGAUUAUCAGAGGGGCCCUGGAAAUGGUUCAUUUGGCGGCUGAUGUUACAUUCUUGCAAGACAGACUAAAAGGCGACAGUGUGACAGAAAUAGGAAUAACAUUUCUGAAAAAGCUAGAUGAGAAAAAAUACAGACGGAAAAAAUGAAGAAAAGCAUGCAAAAUGCCACAGGCUGGCUGGCUGAGGAGUUAAUAUUAGCUAAAUAUAUAUAGCCAUAUAAAUUUUGAAUUUCUUAAGCAUGGGAUUUAAAAGGCUUAUAAAUCAGCCAGAAAUUUGAAAUGCAGGGCACUAAGAUUUAAAUCUGUUUUUUCUUUGCUUGUAAAUCACACAUUUUCAAUCUCAAGUCCACAAGAUUUCACAUACAAAUAACUCCUUGUAAGAUAGUAAGCAUGAAUUCUACAUAUUAUAUAGUCUAUUCUAAGAGAGUCUGUUUAUUUCAUUUACUUAAGGUAAUGAAAAAGAAGUAUACCACCUACACAGUUGGUGUAUUUAUCUCUUCUUAUUGGAAAAAUGGAUGAAAUGAUAUAAGAUUCAGUAUAUAAAGAUAGUUUCUAGACAUGGUAUAUUGCAUUCUUUAUAGAAACAAUAUCAAUUGCCACAAUUUUCCGUAGUUUUAUAAAGCUGUAGAUAUAGACUAAAUAUCUAUAGCUAUAGACUUUUCUCAUAUAUUGGCUUGGCUUAUAGCUUCAGCCUACUGAAAUUGCUACUGGCUUAUAAUUAUCAAGACAACCUAUUUAUUUGGAUGCUAACUCUGAAAUAUUUUAAAAUAACAUUUAAUUUUAAUUAAUUUAAUUUUUAGAUAGCUGGUACUAGCUAAAUGCCUUCCUUUUCUCAUGAAAUAUUGCUGUUGAUCAGGCCAGGAAAUAAGAUGAGAGAUAAAUAAUGUUCUUUGAGAAUACUUUCUUAUCUUCAGUUAGAAAUUUUGGUGUCAUUUUUAUCACCUAAAAAUUGAACAAAGUAUAUUCUGUGACCAGAACAUACUUAAAAUUCACAAUGUACUGGAUUAAAUAAAUGAUAAUCUUUACCAGACCAUAAGCAUAUAGCAGUCCAGAAUCUACUAGGCUCUGCAGAGAAUUCAAAUGAUAAGUAAAAGUUACAGUUAGUGUGGCACCAACAGUUAAAGCUAGUGUAAAUGAUACAGUAGUGAUAGAGCUCACCUAGUCUCAGGAACCUUAACAUACAGACUCAGUUCUGUUUCUAAUGCUCUCAGUGGCGCUGAGUGUUGAAACUGGUAGUGGCUUCAGGAUGAGGUUUGUUCUCCAUCCUUUUUUGUUUUCCUCGCCCUUGAGAGGGAGACAAUUCUCUUGGCAUUGAAUUUAUGUUAUGAAAGGUGAUCCAUAUAACCAAGAGAGUGGCUUGUUUGUAUUCAAUUGUUGCUCCUUCCUAAAAAAUGAGAAUCUAGAAAGUGCCAUUCAAUAAAAUUAUGAGACACAUAUAUAAAUUUUCUAAUCAAAUUCUUUACAUUAAAAAAUAAAAAGAAAUCGGUAACAUUAAUUUUAAUAAUUUAUAUUAUUUAGACUAGUUAUCAAAAUAUUAUUUUAAUAUUUAGCUAAUAUAAAAAUUACUAUAGAUAUUUUAUAUUCUUUUUUAUACUAAAUCUUUGAACUCUAGUGUGUAUUUUACACUAUCAGCACAUGUCAAUUCAAUGCUAAAUUUUCAAAGUUUACAGUGAAAUGUAGUCCUACCAAAACAAUCAGUGUUUAGCGUUGUUCGAUAGCUUCAGUUUUAGUUUUUAAAUCUAAAUUAGUUAAAAUUAAGCUACAUUAAAAAUUCCUUUCCUCGGUCACACUAGUCACAUUGUAAGUGUUCAAUAGCUAUAUGUGGCUUCAGUUGCUGUAAUAUGUAACACAGGUCCAGAAUUUUCUGUCAAAGGGAAUCGACCUGGGACACAAAGAAUAAGUGGGGAGGAUCCAGGUUCAUGGAGAGGGAGAGAAGAGAUGAAUUGAAAAGAUAAAAGAUAAGGAGGGAGAAGAUCCAAGAUUCAUGAAAUGGUAUCUCUCUGCAAAUGGAGUGGGGAUUCAAAAAAACAGAAACAUUUCUUAGUAAAGGAAGGUUGCACACCACCUGCUGGGCUCCAAGUAUAUUUUCAUUGCCUUUGUGUGAAGUUGAGUCUUUACACAAAGAAUGUGGAAACUGCACAGCAUAAACUACAGAGUUAUAUAAUGUCUUUAUUUCAUAAGAGCUUUCACUCUGAACCCAAAACCUUGAUCAAUGCAGAGAUUUCUAUCAUCUUGGCAAAGCCAAAAGGGAAGAAAGGUUUGGGACAGAGGGGUAAUUUAGUGCUAUUCAAAUGACAUCGUCAGAUGGUUCCCCAGCUGUUUGCGGAGGAAGCCUGUCUCGGUUGCCUGUUAGCUAUUUAAAGCUGCCAGGAAUCAGACAUAUUUCUCUCAGCAGCCUGCUCAUAUAUUUGUCUUCUCAAAUCUCUCACUUGGAAGCUUGGAUCUCUUUAGUUGCAAUGGACUAUCACGAAUAAGUGGAAAGUUCCCUCUCUUCUUUGUUUAUGAAGGACCAAAAUAGAAAUUCAGAAAACCAGAUGCUUGACAAGCAAAGAUGAUAUUAAAAUUUUAUAACCAUAGAGGUCACUUUAACCAAUAUCUGCUCAGUGUUAACACAGUAAGUGCUAGAAGAUAUAUUAUUCAUUGCUUAGUGUCUCUCCAUUUAGGACCAUAGACUCUGGGUGGUUGUGAUAGUUCACAGCCUCAUCCACCAGCUACAGAGUCUAAUCCAUUUCUUCUCAGUAACACUGAAGCCGUCCCUGAUGAAGGUGCCCUCCCAGCCCUAGGAACUUGGUAUAACAAAGGAUUCUCUCUUCAAAAAAGAGAGCCAGCCGAGUUUCCUUUAUACUUGGUUACAUAUUCCUUAAAGAAUCAGUCCAGCUGCUUUACUUCCUUAUUCUGGGAACCUUCCAGAACUUUAACUGGACAUGACUAGUGGUCAUCCUACAGUGGCUAUGGCAAAUAAUCGGCAGAUAGAAGAGAGAUGCAGUCAGUAUAAGGUACCUAUUUGUGAUCUGAGAAGGAAACAUGAGGUCCUUAUUCAAUCAGCAAUAGCUGCCCUAAAAUUAAAUUUAAAAAAAAAAGCCAUAGCCACAAAAAAGCAAAAAUUUUAUUUUUCAAGUGUUACCUUAAGAGAGGAGAGGUUAAACAAAGCACAUCAACAGUUGGAAAUACUUCACUAAAAAGAGUUAAGAAAUAAAUGUCCUAGGAUAAUUCCCUCUUCUCCCUUAUACCCAGACUCUGUCUUUCCCAGUUAGAUCUUUUUUUGCUUUUCUUCUUCCAGUUUCUUUUGUCUUUCACUUUUUUAUUUCUUCUAGGAGCUCUAGUGCCACUGCAUAUACGUUUUCUUCCAAAGAAUUGUCCCUACAACUCCUUUACUUCCUUUUUAAGUUCUCUCUGUCUCUAUGUUUCAUGUAAUGGACAUUUGUUGGCUGACUGUAUUUACCCCUUGUAAAAGAAUGACACGCUUCUAUUCAGGUGCCUACCAUUUUAUGAGGCAAUGUGUCUACUUCAGGGUAAGUCAUCCACAGCCCCAGCUCCACUGCUAUUACUUAGGCAUAGUGGCUUUUUCCCAGGUUAAAAUCUUGCCACCUAGAUCCAAGCCAAUAGGGACAUGGCAUUGGCCGGACCAGAAUCACCACUGCUGACAUAGGGAGGGGUCAAGACUGAAUGGAUUGAAGAGAAAAAAACCUGUCUGUUACAUGAGGCAAUAAAUGUACUAUAUUCCUUAAGCAAA